CCGACAGCAGCGACUGAGUCAGUGAUUUCCCGUCUGUCAUUCGCUUACAGCUCGAGUCGCAGCGAGUUCGUAACUUCGCGCUGAUCGUGAGUCUGUCAGUCCGCGGAGCGACUUUGCUACGAGCGAACGUUUCGAGAUUAAUGACCCGACAAAGUUCUCUGUGUGCGAGUGUGCCGAUUAUUUUGCGACUGUCAAAUAAUCCCGCGUCUCAAUUCGCGCGUGCUCAACCCGCGACUUUCAAGACGUUCGUUGCCGGCUUGGCUCUCCGAGUUUAAUCUACGAUUAGCCGCUCGAGGCCUGAAAAAAGAUGCGGUCUUAUCAUCAGAUUUUAUGGGUGAUCUCGGUGAUCUCGUCGGCACAGGGCGUCGGUCCCUUGACGACGUCGACGACGACGCAGCAGCCCUUCGUUGUACCGGAAGUCCAGACGAUCGGUCAGCCGGAAAUCGAGCAGAGGCAACCGGAGAUACAGAGGUCGCAGGUUGACCGUCUUUGGGAGGAGAUCGGUGGCGUUAAAGCAAUGAUGAGCAACAUAGCUGGUCAGUUGGACAAGUUCAACAGUCUGUACCUGGGUAAACUGGAGCACAGAAUGUUGACGACGUCAACGCUGUUGGCGAGCAUCGACAGCAAUAUUCAUGGUUUACAAGAGAGAAGCCACGUCUGGGACACAUUUCAACUGCACGUGGCCGCCUGGAACGAGCAGAUAAAGAGUCUCGACAGCAAGGUGGACCACCUCUCGAGGGGCCAGGAGAAGAUGAUCGUCCUCGACACGAAAGUCUCGCAGCUCAUGAACCUCGAGUACAAAUUGGAAAGAGUCGCUGCGAGCCUCCAGGAGACUUCGCAGAGGAUUCAUCAAUUGGAGGCGCCCAAGGAUCCCCUGAUGGGAGAAUUCGCCGUCAGGGGCGUUCUUUCGACGCUAAAGAACGUCGAGCGCAAAGUGGACCGAGUGCAGACCGGUAUUCAGGGCAUUGGAACGACCCUGAAACAGAAGAAGAAACGGAACGAAACGGAGGAGGCUUCCGGAAAAUUGGUAAUUCGAUGCAACACGCCACCGGCGGUGGAAGAAGCCCUUCAGGAUGUGCAGGCCAAGGUUGAUCUCGUCUACGACAAGCUGUUGUCCGAAACGGACAGUAACGAGUUGAACGAUCAGCCAGAGUCCUCCGAUCUUCCGCAAGCCGAGGCUAAGCUGCUCAAUCGACUGUGGAAGAGGUUGAUGGUGCCGCAACGAAAGAUGAUCAAAUCGUUAGACGCCAUAGAGGAUCUACUGCGCGGAUCAAAUGUCACAGGCGUUUCCUGUCGCGGUAACUUGGACGAAAACCUUAACCGCGAUAUUGAAGAAUUGUCGAGCUGCUGCCGAGCAAGCAGUCAUCGGGUCAGUUCCUUCGUCGAAAAUGCGGAGACCCUUAUGAAGCGGGUCGAAGGAGUUGUCAACCACGUUAAUUCCCAGUCAUCCAUCGGUCUGGAGGCUCUUGAGCGCGGCUUUUCAAAGCAGAGGAAUCACAUGGAAGAUGUCUUCGGAAAAAUCAGCGAGACCUGUUCUCGUACCAAGGGCGAAUCACCUUCCUCGAAACAGUUUCCUGUCCUUGUCUACGACGGUUCAGGUGACGCUACCGACGAUACCGGCAGUGGAGACGACGAGGACACUCCUCAGGGUGAGGGCAGCGCUGACGGAGAAGUCACGGUGAUACCGCUCGAGACUGGGGCGGAAGGAUGGACGCCUAACAAGGGCGAGGACGCGACGUCGACUCCCGGAUAUCCGGUUCCACAAACCUGGAGUCCAGUGGCAGCGGUGCCCAACACCACCACGUUACCGCCGCCUGUCACCACGGCAAGUGUCGAAACGUUAUCGACGACGGAGGUACCAGGUGAUCAACUACUUUACGCGGAUGCAAAGAAAUGCGAAAGUCUGGUGAACACUGGGAGGAAUUCUGGCGUUUACAUGCUCGGGCAAAACAGAGACCUUAACGAUGCUGGUCGCGACUUCUACACGAGGAACUGCGAUCUCGAAACCGCCGGGGGCGGGUGGACUGUGAUUCAACAGAGGGGUGGCGGCUGGGGGGGCGUCGAGAACUUCACGAGAAACUGGGAGGACUACAGUCUCGGUUUCGGAAGUCUUUGGGGAGAGUUUUGGCUCGGUAACGAGUACAUUCACAGGCUCACGUACGAAGCCGACGUCGUCCUGAGGAUCGAGCUCGAGGACUGGAAGGCCGUCACGGCCUGGGCCGAGUAUUCCACCUUCAGGGUGGACGCUGAGGUGGACAAUUACAGAAUAUGGAUAGGCGAUUACGAGGGCAACGCCACGGACGCUUUCAGCGCUCACGAUGGAACUCCAUUUUCCACCAUCGACCGGGAUAACGACAGCGCACCGCCGUGUUGUCCUUGCGCACCGGCUUACGGUGGUGGCUGGUGGUUCUACAGCUGCUUCGAGGCGAAUCUGAACGGCGACUAUUAUCCGGAAAACUCUAAGCACGAUCCGUUCCGCGGUGUUAUUUGGGAACACUGGCACGGUGAUUACAGCCUCAAGACGACCAGGAUGAUGGUUCGCCCUCGCAACCUCGGCGACAUUCCUCUCGAUCCUCCGGACCAGGUUUAUCCGGAUCCCUGACUCCCGGAGGUUUCCGGCCUCGCCAAAGGCACACGCAACGUGACGCUUCACUCUGAUUCUGCUCUGAUCGUCGCGAGCUGUUCCGGGAGAUUCAUCCUCGUCCGUCUCAGAUGGAUUCCUUUGGCGUUAACUACACUCGCAGUUAUCGCGCUGGAACAGAAAGCGCUCUUCGCGCUCUUCAUCCUCAUCCCUCAUUCUCUUCAGAUUUGACGCUGACCUCCGAUCAUUUCCUCUUUCAUACAUUCGUUAUUCAAGCGACAACAAUUCCAGCUGUCAGUAUAAUACCGCAAUAAUUGUUUUCUUAUUAUUUCCUAAUGUCGGUUGUAGUCAAACCCUGGCCGUCAGCCAUUCGUAGAGAAUAAUCUUAUAACCUGUCACAUAUUUACUUUUAUACAUUAUAUCUACAUAUUUGUAUACAUAUUGUUGCACUGCUGCUUGUCUUUGCAAAGGGAUUACACGCCCUCCCGUUAUACAACAGAUCGGUUUCAUACUUUUCAGGACUGUAGCGGAAGUUGAAACAUCUGACAAGAGCACUCUUAAUUUUUUCGACCAUAGUCUACCCCGAUCUUUGUCACCACCUCGUCUAUUUCUGAAAAAAAUUGUUCAUUACCGUGCCUGUGUUUACAUCUAGAUCAAAGUUGAAAGAGUCUGAGUGAAAGAGGGAGAAAUACUCACACAAGAUGAAUGGAACAACAUAGCUGAGUUUACAGAUCAUAUAACAACACAAUCUGCUAGGAGACUUUAACGCACAUAAUCAAAAUUGGAACUGUACAAACACUGGGAAGUUCUUAUGAUGGCCCAAUUACCUGCCCGAUGUAAUUUCCCCUUUAGGAAACCUCCCGAAUUUCCUUAGUUUUGCCGUAUCUAUCGCCGUUCUCGAGAUAUUCGCGAUUCAAGAUUUUAGUCAGCUAAAUCAAUAGAAGUUAUUAAUUAUAAUGUUAAUAAUAAAUUUCCCCCACCACUUAACCCCGAAUUAUUACUAUUUUCGCCGUAUCUAUCAUCGUGGACGUGUAAUUGAAUUGCAGUCACAGCUGAGUCAUGUAUAAAAUUUAUUUAUUGAAAUGUAACAUAGCCGAUUCUGUUUCAUAUUUGAAUGCGUAUCCGUGUCAUUUUUAGAAGGUAAAUUUUACUAUAUCUAUAGAACUAAGUAGUAUAGUACGACCAAGUACGACAUACAUUUUUCUGAGUGGAUACACAAAAUAAGGUAUAUGUUUGUGCGUAUACGUACGCGUAUGAUCCUAAAAAAACUAAAGAGCUUCGAAAUUGUUUUCAGGACGAAAUCCGUUGCGUCAUUUUCACUACAAAAUACGGCGAUACACCGUCGAGUAUUUCGAAUUUUUAAUCCCGUCGAACAAUUACAGUGUUGACUAUACAAAUGUUGUUCCGUGUGACACAAAUCUUCACAACAAACUCACGUCAAAACUUAUUGUUAGACCAAUGUUCGUUGCAUAACACAGUCAUCUUUUUCCACUUUUUUUUUGUUUUUUCCUUGUAUGUCGUCAUUGUGACGUGUCAUCGGCAAAUCGCGAUAAUAGAA